AUGGGUUCGCGAAUCAGUAGUGACCGUCUUGAUUCUCCCAAUCCCUCCGCCGAUCGUCUCAGUCCUCCCGCACGUCGCCGCCAAGGACAUCGCCAUUCCCUCUCCCCAGGUUCAGGCGCUCCCCGCGCCAGAAGUCUUUCUCAGCAACAUCCAACAGGCUCGUCUAAUGAGUCGGUAUCUCGUCGUUUAAACCGACAGCGCACUAGUGGAGGUGGUCACGGUCAUUAUCAUCAUGCCAGCACUGGCCGUGCUCCUUCUCCUACUUCUUUUCUCGAUUGUGUUUUAUCUGAGGUUGAAAGGUCUGGUGAAAUAAUCCUCCCCGGUGAUCCCCGGUUCCAUCGAUUAAUGCGCUCCUAUCGAUCCUCGAAUUCUGGUGAACCGGGCGCCAGGGUUCGUCCAGCUUCUGUUGUGGAUAUUGCUGACCUCUUGAAUAUUGCGUCCGUUGAAGCAAGUAGUCGAAGGUCACACCGAAGUAGGCGAAGUCAAGGUCGUCAGCGUACUUCGGCUUCGACCUCGGCGACGAAUCAAAACGAUGUUAUGGAAGAAAGGUUGGACUCUCUUAGAAGGCAGAUCCUCCUCUCACUGGCUGCGGCUUCUGCAUCUUCACCCAAUGGGCGGCGUCAGUGGCCCGAUAAUCUUUUCACUGAUCUCGACCUUACUUGUCCCUCCUGCAAGCGCUUGAUUCCUAGCGAUGACGUUGAGCUCCACUUUACAAUGUGUUUAACUCGUCCCCGUGUUACUUACAAUGAGGAUACCCUGCAGAGUGACAAGGGCGAAUGUUCUAUUUGCUUGGAGGAUCUGAAGGCCGGUGAUAACAUUGCUCGACUUCCUUGCCUGUGUAUUUAUCAUAAACAUUGCAUCGACGACUGGUUCAAGAGAAAACAGACGUGUCCCGAACACCCAGGGGACUAA